CAGCACUUCUUUUGGUGGAUUUUGAUCUUCAACCGGACUCUUGACAGAGCAAAGGCUGGAGUACUGGAGAGAGACAGUCAAGUUCUUCUGCUGAGGUCUUGCAGGCUACCAUGAGUUCCAGAUCAACUCUGAUUAAUCAAGGUCCUCCAAAACGAUUCCGUCUACAUACAGAGAGGAAAAUACUUGAUGAUAAUGGUAAAGUCAGAAUAUGGAGGUAUGGUACAAAAGACGCCAGAAAACAAAACAAAAUUAUUCUGCUGGUGGGAGAGACCGGUGCUGGAAAGACCACCCUCAUCAACUCUUUAGUGAACUACAUACUGGGAGUGAAGUUUGAAGAUGAAACAUGGAAUGAAAUCACAGAAGAAGAAGGAGGAGAUCAAACAGAAUCCCAAACCUCUGAAAUCACCAUGUAUGAGGUGUUUCCAGAGGACAGUGCCAUUUCUCUCACCAUCAUUGAUACUCCAGGUUACGGAGACACUAGAGGACUGGAGAAAGAUCUGGAGGUUGCUGAAAAUUUAGCUUAUUUGUUUCAGAGCAAUGAUGGAGUUCGAGAAGUCGAUGCUGUGUGUUUUGUGAUUAAAGCAUCUAAUAAUCGUCUCUCAGACAGACAACACUACAUUAUCAGCUCAGUUCUGUCUCUGUUUGGGAAAGACAUUGUGAACAACAUUGUGUUUUUAAUCACACACUCUGAUGGUCUUCCUCCUAAAAAUGUCCUCGGUGCCAUUAAUAAAGCUAAAAUCCCCUGCAGACGAGACAGAGGUGGCCAACCUGUUCAUUUCAUAUUCAACAAUCGUCAAGCUGAUGCCCGUCACAAUGAGAAGCGCUACAUUCGUGCUCAAAGAGACGCCUGGGAAGACUGUAUGGAAGAGACAAAGCAGUUCCUUCAAUCUUUGAAAGCAAAGAACAGAUGUAGUUUAGAGCUGACUUCAGAUGUCUUGAUUCAACGCAUUCAGCUAGAAGCUUCCAUCAGCAACUUAAAACUGAGAAUUCAAGAAAAAGAGUCGAAGAAGUCUGAAAAAAUUCAGAUUCAGGAGGCAAUGAGAAAAAACAAGGAUAGGAUUGAAAGAAGCACAAACUUUAGCAUUAGAUACAAAACGACUAUCAAAACAAAGGUGCCCAUUGUAAGUGCAUCAUGGAAGAACAGAAAAGCAACAACCUGCACGGUCUGUGAGGAAAACUGCCAUGAGCUUGACUGCUGGUGGGUUUCCAGUCCCAAAAAUUGUGAAGUCAUGAGAGACGGCUUCUGCACCGUGUGCACAAGGAAGUGCCACUACAGCAAACACGUCAAAGACAACAAGAAAUAUGUUAUUGACACUUCAGACGUUGUGACUAAUUAUAACGAAUUAAAAAAAGGUUAUGAAAUCCCACAGAAUAAGAGGUUUUCAGUUGCAAUGGAUGAUCUUGAUAAAGACCUGAAGGAGAUUGAAGAUCAAAAGUAUGUGAUUGUGUUCAAAGCUUACAAAACCAUCAAGAAUCUGUCUCAGGUGGCACUAAAACCAGACUCCGCCUUCACCCUCCAGCAUCUGGACUUCUUCAUCCCCAGAGUCAGGGAGGCUGGGAAAGAAGACUGGGCUCAGGAGCUGGAGGAAAUGAGGAGACAAGCAACAGCCGAAGAAGCCAAUAAAGACGUUCUGAGUUACCUGAAAGCUGGACUCAUGAAACUGUUUCUUGGUGACAAAUGAACAAAUGCAGACCAGAUUAAUCAAUGAGGAUGAAGAACAUUGUUCAAGAUGAGAUGAAAUGGAGCAGGGGCUGAUUUAUAUAAGUCAAAUUAAGAAAAUUAUUUUAAUCAUUUUAUCAAAUAGUUCAAGUUUUCAUUUUAAAGGCAAGCCACUCCGGACUAAACCACUGUUUGUAACACUUUGGGUCACUGGAUGGUAGUUUGUAACAAAAAAAUAAAUGCUGCAUCUGUGCAUGUU